AUGUUCAAGCGCUCUUUCGUCACCCCGAAAGAUCGCGCGGGCAAGACGAGAAAGAUUGGCAAGCGCUCCUUUCGCGAUGAUGCCAAGCAGAGGUUGCGCGACCAGCUCAACAGCGCCGUCAGUCCCGACACGUCGCCCUCCGUGGGCGCCUGUUCUCCCAAGCUCAACUCGGCCAUCAUCACGAUCGCCGUUGGCAAGGACCAGCGCCUGUUCGCCGCGCACGAGGAUGUCUUGGCUCGCUCACCUGCUCUGGCAGAGAUGGGUCGAUCUCACUUCUUCGACACCCCUGGCCAGCGCCUCAUCACUCUCCCGGACGAGGAGCCGGAGAUCUUCAGCGCCGUCCUCGAGUUCCUCUACAAGGGCGACUACUUUCCGCGCCUGUUGCACGACCGCAAGCGCAACACGUGGUCGCUCGAGGACGACCAAGAUCCGACAAUCACCACCUCCAUGUCUCCUCGCAUGGACAACGACUCUACCAAGAAAUUUGUCGGCUUGAAUGAGUCCGCUUCCGUCUAUCACCACGGCGUGGGUGACUACAUCCUUCGGGACACGGUCAUCUACUGCACUGCCCUGAAACUCCAACUGCCAGAGCUGCAGCGCCUCGCUCUUCGUAAGCAGGGCCUGCAAUCCGGCAUUGACGUGGCCACCGUCCUUCGCAGUGCACGCUUCGCAUAUGCGAACACGCCCAUCAGCGACUCACGCCUCCGCGCCCACUACCUCGCACUCAUCAUCCGCAGCCGCAAGACCUUCAAGCGCAGCGGCACAAUGCAAAUGGAGAUGGAGAAGGGCGGCACACAGAUGUUCUUUGACCUGUUCGUCGCCAUGUGCAAUCACAUUGACGACGUUGUCGAGAUUGGGCAAGUCUCGCCUUCUCAUAUUUCACGUCGCUGA